GAAAAAUUUUUACAAACUCGACAAAAUUAAACAACUGCCAUGUUUUACUCAAUACAUGACUUCGUUAUAGGUUUAAUUUUAAUAUUUUUAUGUUUUACAACAGAGCAUUUCACAAAAGCUUUUUCGAUUUCAUGGGUUUACGAAGAUUUAUUAGCACAUCCACAGUAUAAAGUGGUCAUAUACGAGAACCAAUCAAUCCCAAAUAGUAGUUUAGAAAAAUUUGCGUUUGAUGAUGCACACACGGAAACUAGUCGAGUUCCUACACUAUCACAAACAAGUUCAGAAGAUAAUGUAGAAUCAAAGUUAACUUCAGUUAUAAUGCGUACAGCAACUGGACAACCAUAUGUUUGUCAGAUACCUUAUGUUGUUAAUCAAACUUCGAUUGAAGAGGCACCUGAAGAUAAUAAAGAUGUUGAUCUUAUGAAAAAAGGUUUAGCAUCAUUAGAGCCAUUACAAGACAAUUGUCUUUAUUAUUAUCAUGGAUGGUGGACAUACGAAUACUGUCAUCUAAGUCAUGUUAAACAAUUCCAUACUCAAACCAUCCAACCUAAUAUGAAACCUAUUGAGGAUAAAUCAGUGAAUUCAUAUUUUUUAGGAAGAUAUGAUCCUCGUCAUGCAACUUUACCGUCUUCUUAUAAGGACAAAAAGGGUUCAAAGAGUCAACAACAGCAAUUAGGGACAGAUUUACAAGCUGUUGGAGGCAAAAAAUACUUGGUGCAAAGAUGGAGUGAUGGUACAAAAUGCGAUCUAACAGGAAAACCCCGUAGGGUUGAAAUUCAGUUCCAUUGCAGUCAACAACAAAAUGAUAUGAUUGCGGUCGUUACGGAAAAGUUUACUUGCCAUUAUCUCGUGGUUAUAAAUACGCCAAAAUUAUGCAAUGAUCCGGCAUUUCUUAGUAAAACUUUAAAUAAAAUUAAUCAUAUUGAAUGUAGGCGAGUUAUUUCGGAUGAAAAAUUCGCACAGUAUAUGGAUAAAGAACGAAAAAGUUUAGAAAGUGGAGAAAAUGAAAAAAAAAUGAGCACAGAAAAAGAUGAUAAUCAACAUGAUGAUGAACAAAAAGUUGAUAUCCGUGAUUUUUCGGGACAAGAAACUCAAACGGAUAAAUUGUUUGAUUUUAUCUCACAGGUCGCUGAAAAUUUAAAGAAGCAAAAAGAUGGAGUAAUUGAAAGUGAUAACGAUGCCAGAGAAAAACCAAUCCAGAUUUAUCUUAUGGAUGAAAAUGGACAAUUGGCAGUAGUUGAUGGAAAAACGAAUAAUGAAAAAAACGAGCCUAGUUACACGGAUUAUAAAAGUGUUCUGGAAAGCUUAUUAGCGCAAAAUAUUAAAUUUCAUUCUAAUAAGCCUAUCAAAAAGAAAAAAUCAGAUAAUUACCAAAGUCAUCAAGCAAAAUUAAGUUUAAUUUAUGAAAUGGACUACGAAGAUGAAAAAAGUGUUAAUUUAGAUAAUAGUAAAGAUGAUAAAAAAAAAGAAAAAAAUAAUUAAUAAUUGAUAAAUUUACAUAAAUACUAAAUGAAGCUAUUUAAUAACGUAAACUUAUGUAUAAUUAGUAUUAUUUAUUUCAUGGGGAAUUGAGGUUUUUUCCUUUCGGGGGAAAAACCCCUAAUGUUCCCCUUCCCAUGAAAUAAAUGGGUAAUCCCCUGGAGCGUGUCACUCAUUAAAUAUUAA